GUCAACAUUUUAAGAGGGACAGAAACAAAAUGAUAUCAUAUUAUGGUCUAUACUGUUUGAUGAUGCUAUGCAUGAAUGGACUGACAAGUGCCAACAAUGACACCCAAACAGAUCCACCUAAACAGGCAGAUCUUCCAAAUCAAGCUGAGCAACCAAAGGAACUGAAUGACUCCAAGUGCAAGCCCAACGAAGUUCUAACUGCCAAGAAGGGGUGCGUCAAUCGGGAGGAAUAUAUGGAACGCAUACUCAUGGACACAUGGGUCGAUGAGAACUUGGAUGCUGCCAAAAAUAAAGCGGGUCUUGAGCGAACAGUUGAGUGCCAAGAGGGUGAGAUACUUACCGCCUUUGGCUGUGCACCGGAGAAGCAACCACUCCGAAACAGUAAAUGGGAACGUCCGACCAUCCUUCACAGUCAUCUGUACGGAAACAAGGUGUUCAAGAGCAGCGACGGAAUUCCUGAUACGGAUACCAGCAAGGAAGCAUUAGACAAGCUAUUGGGUUCGUCUAAUAUCGGAUCUGAUGCCAAUAGUGUAAGCCGUGGAACUCUCAAAAAGGGGGGUAGGCCAAGAAAUCUUGACAUUGAUGAGAAUUUGACCGGCGAUCGCACUAUCGGCCACAAUCGUCCUCGCUCGUAUGUUUUUCUGCCGGGAAGGAAGCUACAAAGCAAUCGGAAGUGUCGUCCAUACGAGGUCCUUGGUCGCAAUGAUCGGUGCAUUCGAAAGCUCGGAAGAACCGGAUUAUACAAGCACAAUGAUCAUCAGUACGGAAGGCAGCUGCGACAUCGUCAUGACGCCUCUAAUUUAAGCUGAGUCUCGUUAGUUUCCAAAAAUAUCCAUAGACUCAAAUCAAUCAUUAAUGAAAUGAAAAAAAA